AUGAACAGGGAACCGAGAUACGACGAGGAUAUUGGCUUGAUUGGCGCUUUGAUUGCGUUGGAGAACGUACCUGGGCCUCGGGUGACGCAAGCCAAUCUAUGGGUGUUUGGAUGCUGCAAAGGAUGGUGGGGCAGCUAUGAUUUUGAAGCUACCCGGGAUCAACAAGAGAAAGUGAUCCGCAACGCUCCGCGCCGACCCAUCUACGGUGACUACGCCGUGCUGUGCGGCUUCAUGGCGUUGAUCAUGUGCUUGCCGGCCAUCUGCAUCGCCGCCUGCGUCGGCGGAGUGGCAUUUGUCUUGGGGCGUAUGCAGGGCCAGAAGAACAGUCUGCCUCCUGCUAGCCCCACCCCGCCGCCGGCCAGCCAGAGCCAGUCGACCGCCCCGUCUCCCGCCACGCAGCCC